AGCAAAAGCCGGAUACGUGAAUGACCUUUCAGACGGCGAAUUGGGGUAUAAAGCAAACGAGGUCUUCACACAGCAGCAUUGCAAGACCCCGGGACACACAGUGGGAAGCUCCGGAACAAUGUUGUCCACCUUUGUCCUUCUCGCAAUAACUGCAUUGGCCAGCGUCAGUCGCGGUCAAGAAUGUGUACAGACUGCCCCGACGGAGCUGGCGAGAUGUUCUGAAGCGAUGAACGCUUAUUCCCCGACGGAAUUAGCAGGGGGGACGCCUGGCUUCUGCAGAGAUGCCAAGCAGGCAAUUAGUUGCAUGCAAGGCGUUUUGGGAGGGUGUCCACCAUUGCGUGCACACAUGGGCCAAAAUGUGGAAAUAUUUGAGAAUAGUAUCUUCCGAAGGUGUCCGGAUGUGCCAGACGCUCCUGGCACAGACGCUCCUCCUGUUCCAAGUCCUGCCCCAACUCCUGCUCCAACUCCUGCUCCAACUCCUGCUCCUGCUCCAACUCCUGCUGCCCGAUGUUCCCCUAGAGAUGCUGAGAGGAUACAAAGAUGCACUAAUAGACUGCAUAGAUUUCUGGGCAAAUCGACUGUAAAAUGCAGAAAAGUGAGACGAACCAUGGAUUGUCUGACUACAACCAUCCAGCGAUGCUCCCAUCUGAUAGACCCUGCAGAGCUCCGACUCGAUUUACUACGCGAACACCUUAUGCAAGCAUGUGUUGAGACAAAUGAGUUGCCUGAAGAACCUACAGAUCCGCUACAGAUAGGAGGGGUUGAAGAAGAAGAAGAAGAAGAAGAGGAAGAAGAAGAAGAAGAAGGGAUGGAAGCGUGUCCUGCUGACUUUGUAUCAAGACUACAGAGAUGCAUGCAAGACAUGAACCAGGCAUUAAACAUUGCUGGAUCAGGGGCGGCAGAUGGAACUGAGACAUGCAGCUCUGUGACAACUUCCUUGGACUGUGUGGCUGACUACAUGCAGGUUUGCAGUGACAAACCAGAGAUGGUCCAACUGUCUAAUAUGCUGAAUAUGAAUCACACGAGGACCUACGUGGCUCAGAUAUGUCCUGGAGCAGGCCCCACUGCUGGUCCUGGUGAGGGCCCCGUGGAAGGGAACAGUGACUGUCCAGCAGAUCAUUUAACAAGAAUGCAGACCUGCGUGGCCGCUUUGGAGAAUCUGAACCCGCAGGAGUUGGAGAUGAACGAUGAAAAUUGCGGUUCUUUACACGCUGCCAUAGACUGUUUGGACGGAAUUAUUACGGCGUGUAGUCAAAACCCUGACGUCCAAGGUUUCAGCAAUAUCAUAAAUUUGGAUGGAGUCCGGAGCAUGAUAAACGACAUGUGUACGACGGGUUCGGUGCAGCCUGGCCCAGGAGUUGACGCCAAUUGCCCGUCGGAUCACACCGUGGGUCUCACCAACUGUGUGAAGCCCAUGCAAGAUUUGAAGGAAAACCCACAUCCUGACAUGGAAGAGGCUUGUAGGGUGGCUAAAACUGGCCUGGACUGUUUGGAUCCCAUCCUGACCGCAUGUUCCAACCAGCCAGAUGUGAGGGCAAUCAACAGUAUACUCAACCUAGACAGUCUACGGGGCAUGCUCAGUGAGCGUUGUGCCGCCUUAACUAGCAGCUCGGGCGACUCCUGCCACGUGGCCAACCCGACAGAAGAGCUUCUAAAUUGCAACAAUCAACUGCAGACUUUUGCAACGUCGAGUGGCUCACUUGCAGACAGAUGCGGGGUGCUGUUUGAGAGCCUGGAUUGUUUCGACAGACUGAUUGCCAACUGCCCCAGUGAUCCCGCCGUCGUCGCUUUCACCGACAUGUUAGAUAUGGGCGAAGUACGGGACAGCCUGUCCGGUACCUGCCCCGGAAGAAAGUGAGAGAAGACGUUACUGGUAGGAGGUUCAAGAAGAGGUCCAAGAAGAGGUUCAAGCAAAUGUCCAAGGAACCUUCACUGUCGACCUCAUCCAUUGUUACUCACACUGCAUAUAU